UGAUCCAAUUGCCCUCUCAGACACUACUAUUCUCCGUUUCAGACAAAGCAUACCGCUUGAUUGGAAUGCUGUUUCCAGGGGAUAUGGUUGUGUUUAAGCCACAAGUAGGCGGUCAACAACAGCAGCAGCAAAUGCAACAAAUUCAAGUAGGCGGUCAACAACACCACCACAUGCAAGUACCCGGUCAGCAGCAACAGCAUCCUCGGAGACAUCCACAGAUUCAAGAGCAGCACCCUCAGAUUCAACAACAGCAGCAGCUCUCACAACUUCAAUCACAACAGCAACUGCCGCAACUUCAGCAAUUGCAGCAGCAGCACCAACAACAACAGUUGGUUGGGACGGGGAUGGCCGAGCUUAUGUCAAGGCCGGUUGCAGUUAGUUCCACGGGGACAAGUUUUGUCACAAGGUCCUAAUAUGCCUGGAGAGGGUUUUAUGGGUUAAAUAAGAGCCUCAACUUGUUAAAAACACUCCGGGACUAGCAUAUGAAUAACUUUACUAUCAACCAGUGAACCCCUAAUGAUUGGAAUUUUAGUUAUCAGUUUCUGAA